AUGUUGAAACAGCGCCUUGAUUCAGUUGCUGGACUUCCGCCCACUUCGGCGGCGACGUCAGAGACCGACGAGACGGAAGUGAUGCCAUUUCCCGGCAGGCUCCGGAAGUCAAUAGCCACGGGGAGCAUGACACUGACGCGAAGGCACCUGAAACGCAUGUCGAUUAGGGAACCAACCUACCGGAUAGAAACAAAUCUGCAAAACAAGGAACCAACCUACCGGAUGGAGCCGAAGCGACUCUUCAAGCAUGCGCCCAUUGAGCGCGUGAUCAAAGAGACGCUUGAAAGGCAGUUGACCGGUGCGAGGUACGACCCUAAGAAAGGCGCUCUUUGGGCGAAAACGAUGAGCGAGGAUAUAAAGCACCAGGUUAAAAAGCUAGGCUAUGACCGCUAUAAGAUAGUGUGCGUGAUAACCUUGUGUCAAAAGUCGGAGCAGACGGCAAUUUGUAGUUCACGUUGCCAGUGGGACGCUAAGACAGAUACCUACGCGUCCUUCUCUUUCUCAAAUGAAAGUUUGAUCUGCAAUGCAACUGUGUACGGAAUAUAUAAGGAAUAA